GAAGGAGCGACGGUGGAGCCCUGGGAAGAUGCUGACUUCCGCCUGUACAAGGUCAUCGACCGCUUUGGCUUCCUGCAGUGAGUCCUUACCCUGUUCGCCCAGAGCAUUCAGUCACUCUCCCAUACUCCUGGUACUGUAAACAGGGUGCCAAACAGGAAAUAUGAGAAUGUAUUCUCAAUAUAUUAUAUUAGCCAUUAUAAACACAAAAUUUUUAGAUGUAGACAUGACUGAUGUGCUGUGUCGAGGAGUAUGACAUGUUUAUUGGUUCGGGUAUUGUUUUGUGUUCUGGGUUCAAUAUUCAAGGUGAACUCAACAGCGCUGUGGGUUUUUCAGGUUGUUGAAGGUCAUGCGAUGCAAGUAUUUGGGAUGAGACCCAGAGAAACUUGGGUCUGCAAUCAAGGUUUUGUAGGGUUAAGGGAUUUUGGGGGUAGACCCAUGGACUCCCCAUGGACAUGCAAGACCUUGAACUUGGGAAAGAGGGAUGGUGAAGCGUUAUGGGGACAGAUGGUCACAAAGGUAGGACAUUAACUUUCCAAACUCUUUCCAGGCUCCCACUGUCGGGCAUACUUACUGUCACCCAGAAUGGGUAGAUGUAGUCCUGUCCAAGGACACGUGGGUUUUUUUCAGUUACAGCUGACUGAUCAUGGGGACCUUCAGAUUUGGACUCAAAGUGAGAAAAGCCUCUUUUUGCCACAUUUGGCUGAGGAAAACAGCAGAAACCCGGUCUACGGCUCACUGAUAGCUUGGGAUAGUUAAGGAGCUCACGAUUCGUAGGCAGUGAUGCCAAAGCAGCUGCGAGCAAGCCAGACCACUGAAAGCUUGAAAUCUUCAUGGAGCCCAACUGGGAGUGCAUCCCUGCCAAAGACAGAACGCCACCGGGUCGCCAAAGUCAGUUCUGUGGAACCGGAUCUGGGGGUCAUUCGGGAUCCGCUCAUUCAACCGGCACAUUGGAUGAUUGUUUCUCUCUAAGCUUCCAAAGUUGCGUCUCUUAUCAGUAUGAUGGAGCGUGAUGUCGGGAUCAGGUAGUUAGAUGGAGGCGCGCACUCCACAUCUUCCCUGGGACAUACAUCCCUUUAUACUGGCCUUCAGCGGUCAGUGGCGUUUCAGACCCCCAACAGAGAGAAAGCGGUUUGUACUUUGUGGAAUAUCUGACUGUCCUUGCCAACUGAAGACUGAUGAAUAUUCAUCUGUGUCUCUGAGCUUCCUGUCUUUGACAAGCAGUUAUAUAACCUAUUGUGCUGUUGCUUCUUCUCCUCCGGCAGCGAGAACGAACUGCCGUCCUACGACUCCGUGGAGGAAAAGCAAAAGCAACAGGAAGUGGAGAGAACGGCAAAGUGGCUGAAGAUGCUGAAGAGCUGGGAUAAAUAUAAGAACAGCGAGAAGCUGGUGAGAAGAAUCUACAAGGGCAUCCCCCUGCAGCUCCGGGGGGAGGUGUGGGGACUGCUGCUGGAUGUGCCCAAGAUGAAGGAAGAGAAGAAGGAUUUCUAUGAGAACCUGAAGCUCAGGGCAAGAGGGCUGUCGCCAGAUAUCCGUCAGAUUGACCUCGAUGUGAAUCGCACUUAUCGGGACCAUAUCAUGUUCAUGCACCGCUAUGAUGUCAAACAGCAGGCUCUGUUCCACGUGCUCACGGCUUACUCCAUGUACAACACGGAGGUGGGCUACUGCCAGGGCAUGAGCCAGAUCACCGCUUUGCUGCUCAUCUAUAUGAACGAGGAGGACGCUUUCUGGGCCCUGGUCAAGCUGCUCUCUGGGCAGAAACACGCCAUGCACGGUUUCUUUGUUCCUGGCUUCCCAAAACUCCUAAGGUUCCAGGAGCACCACGACCGCAUCCUGAAGAAGCUGUUGCCCAAACUCAAACAGCAUCUGGACAACCAGGAAGUAUUCACCAGCCUGUACACCAUGAAGUGGUUUUUCCAGUGUUUCCUCGACAGGACCCCAUUCACCUUGACGCUAAGGAUUUGGGACAUUUACAUCCUGGAGGGAGAGCGAGUUCUCACAGCCAUGUCCUAUACUGUCCUUAAGCUCCACAAAAAGCACCUGAUGAAGCUGUCCAUGGAGGAGCUGGUGGAGUUCCUGCAGGUCACCCUUUCCAAGGACUUCUUUUUCGACGAUGACUUCGUGAUCGAACAGCUGCAGAACUCCAUGUCGGAGCUGAGGCGGUCCAAACUGGAGCUGCCCCCACCAGCUAAGGAGGAGGAGUUUCCCAAGAAGUUACUGGGGCAACUCCCUCCAGAGCCCCUGGCCGCCACUAACCACAUAGUCAACGGGCAGAGCCUUAGCAACCAGUCAGCAGCCACAAACUUGCCGAAGAUGGAUGUAGACCGAAGGGUUGACCCAGGGGAAGUGUCUGAACGUCCAAGGGAUGGUAAAGCCAGCAGCCGGGCAUCAAGACAUUCCAUUGAGCGCUUUACAAAGCCAGACAGGGUAGAAAAGAAGGAGUCUUUCUCUCAGCCUUCAAUGGAGGAAGAGCCCAAAAGGCAGCCAGUCCAUGUCACCCCCAUGCUCCCCACCAAGCCGUACAGCCACGCAGUAGCCAACCACAACUCCAACGCCACUUCCAACACACACAAGGACAUGGGUCCCCGCUGGGUGAAACCUUCUGAGGUCAAGCUGGCAGAAGCCAGCAAAGGCCAAGGGAUUCCCCAUGCUCAGUUCAGAUUGCCAGUACCCUCGUCAAUGCCUGCGUCGUUGCCCUCGCUAUCCAGUGUGGAAGGGUCUGAUCAGUACCAACGUCAGCCUGGGUCUCGAACCCACGGCUUUGUACCAGGGUCCAACCGGGGCUCCAACGCCUCUCAAUACGACAACGUGCAGGAGACGGACCUGGAGGUCCUCGAGGUGCUGGAGUUGGAACAGCCUCCCACUCAGAGACUCCGCGAUGGGGGACAGGCCAGCGCUUGGGUCGCAAAGCAGGGCAGUCCGACUCGGGCAUCCGACAGCACCAGAACCGGGCCACGGUUCCAGAAACACGGACCAGCGGUUGAUGGUCAGAACCUGCGAACCCCAGGAAAAGUCCCACCCAAUUUCUUCCCUGCAGCAUACCAUGGGGCUCCUCAUCAGCUGGAGGAUCGGCAGUACAAAGCACCAUUGGAGAGCCUCGUUGGCACUGCCUCGGUAGAACAACCAUAUGGAAACAUGCUGCAUCUUCCCACCCGACUCUCCCCCAUCAGAGACUCUGAGAAUCCUACCGGCUACCCGAGACAGCCCACCAGGCUGAUCGGUGCAUCCUCACACCUAUCCCGGGAUCGCCAACAGGAGUAUCAGGGGACAGCAACACACUCACCACAAUAUAGGCCACAGUGGCGGCAGGGUGGCGGCAGGGAGCCGUUGGGUCGUGCCGCUGAUGGCCGUCGUCCACCCGGGGGCUUUCCCCGAUCCCCCAGCUUUCACAAGGCGCAGAUGUCACCUGUUUCAGAGUUCAGCUGUCCACCCCCACAAGAUGCCCAGCUGCGACCCAGGAAACACUACCAAGGACAGCAGCCCCUCGUAUUUGGAGGACCGCACUACAGUCACGAUCAGGAUCAGUUUCCAGUGAAAGAGUCUAUGCUGCUUUGAGAACUGUGAACAAGACGAUAAACUGCGUCAGGAUCGUCUGAGUACAGGAAAACAGUGUAUGGAUACUGCUGUAGGUUUUUGUGUUUGUUUAUGGCACUGGUCCUAAAUAAUGACAUUCUAGAAGGUCUCUUAUGGAGACACAGUUUCUUCGCUAUAAAAAGUAAACUAAAUGGUUUGUUUAUUGUUGUUAAAUCUUUAACAGCGCUGUUCAUUUUAUACUGUUGAAUGAAAUGUACAGUAAGAUGAGUUUUGGUGACAAUCUGAACUCUUUAAAAAGGUUCAUUCUACAUAUAUAUAUAUAGAAUAUAUAGAAUAGGGGUUUUUGCCCCAUAAAGAGAGAAAUUUUAGAAAGAUUGUAUAUAAAUAUAUUUUAUUUUUUUAUUGGAUUCCAUCCAAAUGUCUAAUUUAGAAGUUAGUUUAUUUUAUAUGAGAAUAUCAUAUUUUCAGAUAAGUGGAAAUAAAAUUACUAUAAUGUAGCGCAUUAGUUUCAAAUAUUGUCACUAUUUCUCAGCGGCUUCAGUGGCAAGGCACCAGCAUACCGUUAUAAAUUAGUGUAAAUGUGUUUCAGAUAUUGAAAGUUUAAAGAGACUGUUUUUCCAGGUAAUUAGUUAUAAUUAGUUCUAAUAUGUUUCUGUCGUCCACAGGAAUCAGCAAUGUGUCCCCUGAGGGUGGUUGUCUGCCAGUUUUCGUUUUACAGGAUGUCUUUGUUUGUGUGUGUGUGUGAAACAAAGUUAUUUCAUUUAAUCUGAAGUGCAGUUUAUGGUGUGACACAGACAUUAGGAAUAUUACAGAAUGAACACAUGUAGAAAAAAAAAAAAGGUGCUAAAAACCAAUGCUCUGGCUCACUACCCAUCUCUUCUGCACCUCUGUAUGAGAAAUAUUUCUUAAUGCAAAGUUUACUGCUGCUCAUCCUGUAACAUCAUUAAGGGCAUCAUAUCCUGUGUCUUAAAGCUGAAAAGGUAAUUUCAGAAAAAUUGCAGUACAGAUUCCUUACUUUCAAGUUGAUGAAAAGCUCCCACCACCGAAGCAGCAAAAUAUAGUUAUCAAGCUUUUACCGUCCCAUUCCUUAACCGCUCCAGCGACACAUUCAUAGCAUUAUCUGGGAACUAGCAGUAAAGAACAUAGCUAUAGUUUAAGACACUACAUUUAUUUGACCCGUCCGCCUUACGGGACGGCAUUCCGUGUCCUCUUUUAUCUUAGCUUUCAUUUAUAUAUACAGUACUUUCGGAUCACGGGACAGUUUCUGUGCUUUAAAGGUCUCUCCCUGUGUGAAUUCAGAUUUUGUGAGGUUCGUUAAACACAAAUAUGUGAAAGUUUACGUAUGGGAGUCUGGUCCAGGGCGAUCCCUGUUUUGCACCCUAUGCUUCCAGGAUAGACUCUGGACCGCCGUACCCCUGCUUUGACGAGCAGUGAUGAUGAAUGGAUGGAUGGUUACAGCCCACUGGCUGAAGUCUGUUAUAGAGGUGUCUACAUGUUCUUUGCGGGGCAAAAACGUGCUGGUGUACUGUUCCCUUUCUUUACGUACGUUAUGGCACAAGCAUUUGCUACUCGCUGUGUCCCGCUGGCUUUUUCUCAGCCAUCGCGUUGUUCGUAUCGUUUCCAAAUGACCCGUCGUUCAGUUUCGGGGAGCGCGAUGUAAAAUUCCAAGAUGUACCCGAGCCGGCCCUGCAUUUUACAGUACUUCCACCACGAGUGUUGUCGCCCAGCCUUUACACUUUGUUCUUACUCAUGUGUUCGGUCAGCUGUGUGUGGAGGCUACUCCGGCCAAGUGCCUUGAUCAAGGGUACAACUGUGGAGCUCCUUGGGAGCUUUCAAUCUGCAACGGUUAAGGUACUCACUAUACGCCUUGUACCUUAGCAUUAUGCCACCGUCAUCUUAAUUCUGGAGAAGUUCCUGUCCACUUGUCCACCGGCAGAUCUGCUCUGUCCUCUUGCAGUAUGGCUGAAAGAUGUUGUGCAGCACCUCUGCUGCUUUUGGACUCAAUAUGAAUGUACGUCCUACGUCAUUCCGGCUACCGCAGUCGUCGUCAGGUCGACACUUUCAUUCGGAAGCCAGAAUGAAAGAGAGCUCUGCCGCUGCUUCUCUGUGUGGUUUGAGUUUACGAUGCCCCUGCACCCCGGCGUGCUGAACCCCACAGCUCUGACAACGUCACCCUUGGCGUGCAUUUUUUUUUUUUUUUUUUUUUUUUUUUUUGUUUUUUGGUUGUCUGUUUGUUCUACAAACGAUGCCCGUUUUUGGUCAACACUGGAGAUCAGCACAAGAGGAAGACCAAUAAAUAUUAAAGUAUGAUUAAAAUUA